UUGAGCCCGGCCCGCCCGGUUCGAUUUUCGGGCAUGCCAUUUUCUUACGGAAGCCGUCAGUCUAUCAGUCGCUCGUUCCUCGGGGAAUUUCGGCCGUCUCUGUUCCUCGCAGAAGCCAUGCCUCUCAAGUGGGUUCUGCAGUGGCAACCAAAUCCGGGGACGACGGUGAACAGCCAGAUCCUCGCGGAAGUCUCUCAGUGCGUCGAGGGCAUCAAUGGCGUCAAGGAAGGCAGAUGGAAGGCUACUCUCACCUACUACAAACCUAUUCUUCGAGACCAGGCAAUGUCACCGGAAAUGCCGCGGGAUUUCAUCGGGAUGUCGCUGCCGGAGCAACCAAAUAAGUACUACUUCACGCUCCGGAGUCACCGGAUAGUUGUCGAAUCUGAUGUCUCGGUUCAGAACAUAAUGGAGAAGUUGCAGUCUUACAAAUCGAGAGUUGCCCUUAUAUUCGAGGGGUUUCAAUAUCAACUCGGCGACUUUCAGUUGAGAGUGGGGAAAGUUGUUCCGAGUCAUUCUGAGAAUUUGAGAGGGAUUGUUAUGGAGGUGGAGUAUUUGCCUAUUUCUUCAUUGGAAAAGUCCAGACAAAUCAUGGAAGAGUUCAUUGAUAUAUGGCAAGAAGCAUUGUCAAAAAGAUCAUUGCCAGGUCAUUUUAUUCAUGUAGAGCCGAACUUUUCAGAAUAUGGGCUCUCAGACCACUAUACUUCACAACACACAGCUGUUCAGUAUGCUACUGUAAUGGCUCAAUUGAUUGCCUCUGCACAAGCUGUGUCAACAGUGAGAAACUAAGACCCACAGUGUCUAAUCAUUCGUGUUAGCAUAUUACUCUUAUGAGUGGGUUGAUUAGUUAUUAGUGAAUUUUUGCUGUAUUUUCUAAA